UCACAUGUUGAUGUGAUUGUAUAAGGGUGAUAUGAAAGAAUAUCAGAUCAGAUAGCGCGUUUUCUUUUUCUUUUAUUAAUUAUUUAAUUCACUUUUGCAUGCCAAUAAACCAUUUAUCUAAAAUUUAUCUAAAUAUGGAAAGAAAACAGAGAAUCAAAGAACUUUUAAAGCGUAAACUUCCUGAAAAAGAAUGUUCAGCGGUACAUCCUAAAGGAAAAGAAAAUAUGACCAAUAAAAAGACUAACGCGAUGAUACCGACAGCUGAUACUACCAUCAUUACCAACUCAACUAAUGAAAAAAUGAUUGUUCAAAGGAGUACUGCGACCACUAACAAUAUAAAUAAGCAAGACAAAACUACUACAGAGUUUUGUAUAGUGUGUGGAAAGAAUCUUAGUUAUUGUUCACUUAACACUCGUGAAUUACAUAUUAAUGCAUGCCUCGACAAUAAAAUUGAGAUUGAAACAAACUCUAUUUCCGUUAAGAAAUUCGACGCGAAACAGAGUGAAAACAAAGAACAACAUUCUUUAUUUGCCAUUGCUAUGGUAUGUCCAUGUUGUAAUAUAACUUUCAAAGCCAAGACCGAGAAAGGAAAACUUAAUCAUUUCAAGACGUGUGGUAGAAAACAUAAAUAUACACCAAAUAAAAUGUUAGAAUUUCUACAAGAAUUAAAAAGAAAAUAUGGAAGAGAUCCUCCUAGUUACCUGUCUUCAAGCAUAAUUCCAAGACCAGGAAAAACUUCACCACAUAUAGGUCAUAAAGAAAAGAAGUUAACGAAUUAUUUUAAUCCAAUUUCUAAUGAUAAACUAUCAAAAACGGACUCAAUAUCUAAGGAGAAUCCGAAAUUAUCUUUUGUCGUUUCACGUUCGUAUAACGUUUCCAUACUUGAUCAUGAUGAUGAUGAUUUCCAGAGUUCAAUAGUCUUUAAGGCUAGAUCGACCGUUGAAAAAUCUGAUAAACGUAAAAAGGAAAUCGAUGAUGAUGACGAUGAUUUCCAAGUUGGCGUGGCAUUGUCGAGAUCUAUUUUACCAUUGUCACAAAAAAGAAAGAAAGUUAAGUACAAUUUGGACACUACCCCAAUAUUAUCCUGUGCAGAUGCUAUUAAAAAAGCUAAAGAACGAGCUAAGAUAAUGUUUUUUAAUCGUCCGACUAUAAGUGAAAUUUUCAAGAGUUUACCUCCCGCACCAAAAUUCCCAAAAAGUGAAGUAGGAGAAAAAUAUGCUCGUCAGAAUUACAAUGAAAUAGAAGGUCGUCCAAAUCGCAAAAGACAUCCUUAUACAUUGUGGGAAAUACAGGCUUUUGGGGGAGAUGAUAAUCCUUUGACAAGAGAUGAUUAUAUUACAGACAUGAUUUGGCAUUAUCAGUUAUCAUGA